AUGCGUUUCUCAAUCGCCAUCGCAGCCUUCUCGCUAUCACUGGCCACCGCUCUACCAACAAAGCGCGAACUUGUAGCCCCUUUCAACGACGACGCAGGCAAUGGCCUCGUUCCCGGCAUCGGCAAAGCAGUAGACGGAGUUUUCAAUGCCGUCGGCGGCACCAUUGCCGGAGCAGUCAGAGCAGGCGACAACAGCAAGCGUGCUCUGGUCGCCCCCUUCAACGACGAAUCUGCAAACGGGCUCAUUCCUGGUGUUGGUCAAGCCGUAGACGGAGGCUUCAAUGCUGUUGGUGGCGCAAUUGCAGGUGCUGUGAGAGCAGGCGACAACAGCAAGCGUGCACUCGUCGCUCCUUUCAACGACGAAUCCGCAAACGGACUCAUCCCUGAUAUUGGUAAAGCGGUCGACACUGGAUUCAACGCCGUUGGAGGUGCUAUCGCUGGAGCUGUGAGGGCAGGAGAUAACAGCAAGCGUGCUCUUGUGGCUCCUUUCAACGACGAAUCUGCAAACGGACUGAUCCCUGGCAUCGGCAAAGCAGUAGACGGAGGUUUCAACGCUGUAGGAGGCGCCAUUGCCUCAGCGGUCAGAGCUGGCGAUGCUUCUGACGCCGAGUAA